GCAAAGACCUCGGAAAACUGAGAGAAUCUCUCUCUCGCAUCCCACUUCCUCUCUGCAGCGUCAAUUGGGGCGUGAUAACUGCCCCCACCUUCCAGUGCAAUCCGAGUUGACAGAAGAUGUUUUUUGCCAAAAAAUUUAUCAGUGGCAUCAUUGAUGUUGUAAGCAACAUUGACCCCGCCCAGUUUGUGCCAUCUGACCCUCCUCCACCCCGUAGGCCAGUUGCAUAUGCAGAGCAGCAUGAGAGUGAUGAGGAGAAACAGUUCCGCAGAGUCUUCCAGCAACUCGCUGGAGAUGACUUGGAAGUAAGCCCAACUGAGCUGAUGAACAUCCUUAAUAGAAUCAUCACAAAGCAUGGUGAUCUGAAGACAGAUGGUUUCAGCAUUGAGUCUUGCAGGAGCAUGGUGGCAGUCAUGGAUAGUGACAGCACUGGAAAACUCGGCUUUCAUGAAUUCAAACACCUCUGGAACAAUAUAAAGAAAUGGCAGGGAUUGUACAAGUCCUAUGACACAGAUGGCUCUGGUGUCAUUGGUGCAGAUGAGCUGCCCAACGCUUUCAGAGCUGCUGGCUUCCCUCUCAAUGACCAGCUGUUCGAGAUGAUCAUUCGCAGAUACAGCGAUGAAAGUGGGAACAUGGAUUUUGAUAACUACAUUGGCUGCCUUGUGAGGCUGGAUGCCAUGUGCCGUGCCUUCAAAACUCUGGAUAAGGAUAACAAUGGGACUAUCAAAGUCAAUAUUCAGGAGUGGCUUCAGUUGACCAUGUACUCUUGAGUCCAGAUGAUGUCUCUACUGCUUGUUAUAUGGAACCACUUUGUUUGUCCACGCAGUACAAAAUAUUUUAUCAACCAUCCCAAUUACUUCUGUGCUGUUCAGUAUAUCCCUUGUGCGUACAGUUUUUUUUAGAAUGUUAAUGCAUUGCAAGUUUUGUGGGAUUUCUUGAUUAUUCCAUUAUACUUGCAAGUCAGAAUUGAAACUGUUAAAAAAAAAAAGAAAAGAAAAGUACAAUUCCAAAAUAAAUGCCACUGAAUGCUCUGGAAAAGUAUGUAGCCAAAAAAUGAUAGUAUGUUAAAUUGGUGUCAUUUGGUCAUCUUGUUUGGCAUCUGCUUUUGAUCUGCCUAUUCCCUCAAGUCAAAAUGGCAUGAGAAGAGGCAGUACAAUAUCAAGAUGCUUUAACAGCAAGACAUUUGUGAAAACCUAAUGUGAAAGCAGGAAGCUCCCAUUCUUAUGUGGCUGGGACUAGUUUCACAAAGAUCUAUUAAAUAGGUCUGUGGAGGCCAGCCUUAGUUUUUCUCUUCAACUGGUUAAAUUCUUAAAUGUUGACACUGGACAGUUUGCCGGUAUUUCUUCUUGUUAAUGUUUGCCACCUUAACCCCUGUUUUUAGAAAGGAAAAUUCAACCUAUGUCAACUCAGUGUCAAAAACAGGAAAACCUACUUCACUCAUCACUGUAAAAAAAAUCUUCCACAAGGCACAUGUUUUUUGUUGAAGUGAAAGCGGUUAUAGGUGUGAAGCUGUAGCUAGGUUGGCCAUGUUUCCUAGUUCGAAUGGCUACCACCUAUUUUGCCGCAGCCCUAAGAAGAGGUCUAAUUGGUUAUAAUAAGUAAGCAAAUUUGUGGGUGGACCCCUUCUUUGCAGAAACCUUCAGCUGGUCAAGAACAAGAUAGCUUUUUAAAACUAUACAUAAAUCUUAGUACUUACUAUUCGUUAGACCACAGUUAAAUUCAAUGUCUUUGUGAAACCGGGCCCAAGGCCACUGACUAGAGAUUCUUGUUUAAUUAUUUUGUUUAAAGCUUAAAGGACAGUUAGGAAGAUGUAUGAACUAUGGUUCGCUCGCACCACAGCCUGUCACAAGCAGAUCGUUGAUUUGUAGACUCCGUUAUUCUACAUCAGAGUUGCACUGUUACUGUAUACAUAGCAGUCAGGAAUCCACAUGCUUUCUACAGCCGCUAAAAUCCCAAACCUUCUUUAAAGUGACCUAAUAUUAAAGGUAGUUUGUUAAUGUAUACAUUCAUUAUAUCAAGCUUUAUAUCCUCUCUGUAAUAGUAAUGUACAUUAACACCCCAAGAGACAAUGUUGUUUUUGGGCAGGUUGAUAUUUUGCUAUUGAAUGUUGAUGCUGGUUGUGUAACUUUGCCAUAGCGUUCUCUACAUCUCAGUUUCCUGCUCACUUUAUCACUUAUCACUGUGUACUUAUUCAAAAUACCUGCACCAGAUAAUGCCAGCACAAUGUGUGAAUUGAUCAUAUAUAACAGAUGUGUAUGCCACUAAUGCAUGCAGCCAAAAUAAAAGAUGCAUUAUUAAAGAUUUUUAACCAUGCAGUUGUUGUCACAGUCAUCAAACUGUUACUGAAAAUGUUUGGUAAAAUAAAUACCUGUGCCAUAUUUGGAAUAAAAGGGUAACUUUAA